GAAAAAUAAAUGAAAAUUAGAGGAAAAUAAAAUCUCUUAAUGGAAAACAGACUGAUCGGAUGUCCGCCGAAUUGAUUUUAUGUUAUUUUGGGGAUAUUGUGAUAUAAUUUUAUUACAAUCGUGCAAUCUCGUAGAACUGUGUUGUGGUUAAUCUUAUUAGUUUUAAAAGUAAACAAAAGCUCCAGCUUAAAUCAUGUGCACCAUGAGAACAGUUUGUUUACAUUAAACACUAAAACUAGGAAUGAAACCGAAAAACAGCAAUGAAAUGGAUUCCGGCUUUUUCGAAACGAACAUUGUUUAUAUAUUUCAUAUUAUUAUUUCUAUUAUAUUUAUUCUAUGUUUUGAAUACUUGUUUAGUUGACGAAAGAAAGUUUUCCCUGAAACGUUUCCUGCUGAAGGAACAUUAUUCCAAGUAUAAAAGUGCAGCGGUUCGGUUUGUUUCUCUACUGGGUUUCAACACAUUAGAUGCAACUGAUUACAAAUACCGCAGACUUAAAAAUCAAAAUGUUAUGCCAGUGAAAAGAUUGCCUGAUGCACUCAUUAUAGGCGUUAAAAAAUGUGGAACCAGGGCACUCUUGGAAUUUUUAAGGUUACACCCCGAUGUGAGAGCAGCGGGUUCUGAAGUGCAUUUUUUUGAUAAAUUUUAUCACAAAGGCUUUGAAUGGUACAGGGACAGAAUGCCACCAACCCUUGAAGGUCAGAUCACGAUGGAAAAAACACCAUCAUACUGGGUAACAAGGACAGCCCCUAAGCGAGUGCAUGCCAUGAACCCUGGGGUGAAACUGCUGGCAGUUGUCCGGGAUCCCGUCACAAGAGCUAUUAGUGAUUAUACACAGUCUGCAAGUAAAACACCUUCGCUCCCGCGAUUCGAAGAGCUAGCCAUAGUGAACGGUAGCUGGGGCGGGGCGGUGGCGGCUUCGUGGCCGGUCGUGCGGCUCGGCGUCUACGCGCGCCCGCUGCGGCGCUGGCUGCGGCGCUUCCCGCGGGAGCGGCUGCUGCUCGUCAGCGGGGAGAGGCUGGUGGAGGAUCCUGCCGCUGAGAUGGCGAGGGUGCAGGAAUUCCUCGGCCUCAAACGAGUGAUCACCGAGAAGCAUUUCUACUUCAACUCCUCCAAAGGGUUCCCCUGUCUCCUAAAGUCCGAAAGCCGCUCAACCCCCCACUGUCUGGGCAAAACCAAGGGCCGGAGCCACCCUUACAUCAACCCGGCCACCAUUCAGACUCUGAGGGAAUUCUAUAGGCCGUUCAAUGAGAAGUUUUACGAAUUAUCUGGUAUCAAUUUUGGGUGGCCUUGAUGUGUUGUGAUUAUUGGCUAUUGCCUGGGUAAGGUAGUUUGUUCCUAAUUUAGUAAUUAUAUCAUUCUACGAUGAAGGUAGAUAUAAAAAUUUGCGACAUAAAAAGUGUACAUAUGUAGUGCGAAAGCUUUUCUUUCGUAUUUUUCCGGAAACGUUCGUAUUUGUCAUGCUAGUUCAGACAGUGUCAGUACGUCUUGUACUGAGGCUGGCUGAAAUAGCAUGACACUUUCGUAACGUUUCCCUAAAAUUACGAAGGAAAUAUUUUCGCACUCUACAUCUGUAGUUUGUAGAAAUUUGU